AUGGACCCUCACACAGACCAGCACAAGACCGACGAGGAGCUCGACCGCGACUGGAAGCCCAACGGUCGUCGGCCACAGUCGACCAUGGCGCGCUCCUUCUCUGCCGAGCUCAUGGACAUUUUCCGUAUCGAAAACUCGGUAUCCGAUCUCGACUCUCAAGUCCACAAGAGGAAGCACACUGUCCAGCAGACCACCACAGAACUCGCAUCGCUCGAAGCCCGCCUGAAGGAGAUGGAGGCGCGUCUCAAGCACUCCCAGGCUCGCAUGUCCAUCUCGGGCACCAGCUUCCACCCUUCCGAGGGCACGCCCUCCGACAACAACCACGGCAUUCCCCCAUUCAACCCAAGGACCGAGUCAUCGGCAGCAGCAGAAGAAAAGGCGCGGUCACGACCCGGCACGGCCAAGGCGACGCAGCAGGCACCAAGCUCGGGCGACAUGCCUCCUACACCAGGAGCUAGCGAGGAUGGCGACCGCGAAUAA